GGUGGGUGGUGGGGACGCAGAUGCCUGCUGGACUGGUUGCUUCUCCACAAUGUAGAAGACAGAGCCAUCCUCAGAGAUGGCAAUCCCCAAGACACCCGAGAGCCCCAGAACCUUCCAGACAGUGUCCUUUUGGGUCUCACCUGGGUGUUUGUGACUGCCUGGCCCACCCCGCACCUACUCAACAGGGCACCAGGAUAUUUAAUCCAUUCUACCCUUCCUUCACCUGUCCCCUCAACACCAAGGGGCUGAGGUUGACACCUGGCCAGACUGCUGGGGAGCCUGGCUGUCCCUUGUCCAUGCUGACUUCCUUCCUGAGCAGGUUGGGAAAAGCUCCUGGGGUGGGCAUGGAAGGGGAAGAGCCCCUGCCUUGGAUCAUCUCUCCUGUACUGGAUGCUUUACUUGGACCCACCCUUCUGCCUGUAACAGGGUUCUCUGUGGCACAGCGGGAGCUGGCCCCCCACAGUGAGCCUGGCGCAGGGCCCCACAAUGCCCAGGAGCAGAUAUGCCCUCCCAGGCCAGAGAGAGCGCUGGGCUCCUGUCCGGGGCACGAGGCGCCCAGCCUGGAGGAAGGCGCCCCCACAGAACAGGCUGAGGCUCCCUGCGGAGGAAGCCAGGACCACAUACCAGGGAAGGCUGAGCCUGCGGGCUCCUGCCCGGGAGACGAGUGGAUGAUUCGGAAGGUGAAGGUGGAGGAGGAGGAUCAGGAGGCGGAAGAGGAGGUCGAGUGGCCGCAACAUCUAUCACUACUGCCCGGCCCCUUUCCCGCACCUGACCUGGGGCCUCUGGCUGCGGCGUAUAAACUGGAACCGGGAGCCCCAGGGGCACUAGGCGGGCUCGCGCUGGCCGGCUGGACUCAGGCCGCAGAGAAGCCUUACGGCUGCGGGGAGUGCGAGCGGCGGUUCCGGGACCAGCUGACCCUGCGGCUGCAUCAGAGGCUGCACCGCGGUGAGGGUCCCUGCGCCUGUCCCGACUGCGGCCGCAGCUUCACGCAGCGCGCGCACAUGCUGCUGCAUCAGCGCAGCCACCGGGGCGAGCGGCCGUUCCCGUGCUCCGAGUGCGACAAGCGCUUCAGCAAGAAGGCCCACCUCACCCGCCACCUGCGCACGCACACGGGCGAGCGGCCCUACCCUUGCGCAGAGUGCGGCAAGCGCUUCAGCCAGAAAAUACACCUGGGCUCGCACCAGAAGACGCACACGGGCGAGCGGCCCUUUCCCUGCGCCGAGUGCGAGAAGCGCUUUCGCAAAAAGACGCACCUGAUCCGCCACCAGCGCAUCCACACCGGUGAGAGGCCCUACCAGUGCGCGCAGUGCGCUCGUAGCUUCACGCACAAGCAGCACUUGGUGCGGCACCAAAGGGUGCACGAGGCGGCCUGCCGCUCCCCGCUGUCUCCCGACGCUCCCGCCUCUCCAGGUUCUCCUGCCCCGUCCCCGACCCCGUCCCCUCCCGGACCUAAGCCUUUCGCCUGCUCCGACUGCGGCUUGGGCUUCGGCUGGAAGAAGAACCUCGCUACGCACCAGCGUCUGCACCGCGGCGAGGGGGGCCCCUUUGAAUGCGACGAGUGCGCCCUGGGCGCCACCGCGGACCCCGGAGCCGCCGAGGCUCUGGCUUGCGCACACCGAAGCACAGCGGCGCCCCAGGACGCUCCGGCCAGCGAGAGGUCCUUCUCCUGCCCGGACUGCGGACGCGGCUUCGCCCACGGGCAGCACCUGGCGCGACAUCGGCGGGUGCACACGGGCGAACGGCCCUUCGCCUGCGCGCAGUGCGGCCGUCGUUUCGGCUCCCGGCCCAACCUGGUCGCCCAUUCUCGGGCCCACAGCGGCGCCAGGCCUUUCGCCUGCGCGCAGUGCGGCCGCCGCUUCAGUCGCAAGUCUCACUUGGGCCGCCACCAGGCGGUGCACACGGGCAGUCGGCCACACGCUUGUGCCAUCUGCGCCCGCAGCUUCAGCUCCAAAACCAAUCUGGUCCGCCAUCAGGCCAUCCACACGGGCUCUCGCCCCUUCUCCUGCCCGCAGUGCGGCAAGAGCUUUAGCCGCAAGACCCAUCUAGUGCGGCAUCAGCGCAUCCACGGCGAAGCGGCCCGUCUGGCCUCCGACGCCGACCUCUCGGCCCCAGCCUGGCCCACUCCCACGGAGGUGGCAGCCACCCCACUCUUCUUCUGAGUCUCGUUCUCGUCCGGCCCUUCCUUGGCCUUCUGUUGCUCCCUAGUUGGAGAGACCCAGGUCCAAGCGGGUGAGCCCGGCGGCAAGAUGGCUUGGGCCCCCUGCAGGUGGUUGUCCUUCCCUCUCCGUCUUGCCCGGGAGAAGUCUGGAAAGAAUACCAGCUCUGACAUUCUGUGACAAAGACAGUGCUGAGUGCACUCCUGCUGGGACAGUUCAGGCCUGAGUCCUUGGAAGGCUCCCACGAAGAAAACCCACUGGAAAGCAGACAUUUCCUGGACCCCCCUGAUUGCAGAAGUGAGGAACCUCUUGGGGGUAGGGACAGAAUGGCUAGCUGUGUACUUACAGUGUCAUUAAAAUAAACAUCUGAAGGCUCUAGGGUGGUUCAGUGAGCUGGGGAGGGAACCCCCGGCUCUGACCCCCACGCAGAGGGCCUUGCCUUUCCUCCCUGGGUGAGCUCUGUUUAGCCAGGGGCUGGUAAUCACUCUACCAAAUCAAGAAUUAAGACAGCGGGUUGCUAACCGCUCCCCUGCUCCCAGCCCGGAAAUUUGACGAAGAAACAUUAGUGUACAUUUCUCAUGCCAGGUGUUGAAGGCUGGGACUGUGGGGGAUGCACAGGGAGGGGGCAGGUGCCCUUUGG